GCUGGCCCGGGGGCUUCGCGGCGCACAGGGCUGGCUGGUGCUGAAGGAACAGCAGCUUCCGCUCCGCUCCAGGCUUCCAGGAAUGUAAUCCACAAUGCUAGUCCUCAGGUUCCUCAAUGUGGUCGCUCCUGCCUACUUCCUGUGCAUCUCCUGUGUGACCUUCGUCCUCCAGCUCUUCCUCUUCAUCCCCAGCAUGUUCAAAGACCCUUCCGCCACCCCGCUCUUCUGCUCCUCCGCUUUGCUGCACGGCGCCCUCUUCCUCUUCCUCUCGGCCAACGCGUUGGGCAACUACAUCCUGGUGAUCCAGAACACCCCCGAGGACCUGAGCAAGGGCCUGAACUGGGUCGGAGGAGCCGAUGGGGUGGCCCCCGACUGGCCCGAUGGGAGCUGCCCCCCUGGCUCGGCCUUACCCAACACUCACUUCUGUAGACUGUGUGCCCGGGUCACCCAAAGGCAUGACCACCACUGUUUCUUCACAGGGAACUGCAUUGGGAGCAGGAACAUGAGGAACUUCGUCAUGUUCUGCCUGUAUACUGCUUUGGCUUGCCUGGAUUCCUUGGUGGCAGGGCUGGCUUACAUUUCCACUGUGCUCUCCACCUCCUUUGCCAACCCACUGGCAUUCCUCACUCUCCUGCCUCAGUCCAUCAGCCAGUUCUUCUCAGGAGCUCUGCUAAGCUCGGAGAUGUUUGUCAUCCUCAUGCUAUACCUCUGGCUGGGGAUCGGACUCGCCUGCGCCGGCUUCUGCUGCCACCAAAUGCUGCUGAUCUUGCGAGGGCAAACGCGGUACCAGGUGCGGAAGGGGGUGGCGGCCCGAGCCCGUCCUUGGAAGAAGAACCUGGAAGAGGUCUUUGGGAAGAGGUGGCUGCUUGGACUACUCAUCCCCGUGCUCAACGUAGGAAGUGACUAUCACAGGCAGAAGGAGCAGUGACGCCGCCCGGCACACAGGUGCGCACGUGCACACGUACAUGCACAUGCGUGGGCCAUAAUGGAGUUGCAGCACUUUGAGGCACUUCUCUUUCCAUCCCCACUUCUCAGCCUUGCCACCUACAGGAAGGGAGGCAACUAUCAAGCAAGCUGGGCUGAUUCUGUAUUUUAGAAGGGGAAAUUGUGGCCCAUGUUAUAUGUGAAGCUACAGCAGUAAUCUCUGGGUUGCUAAAAGCGUUCAUCAGACCCACCCUUGGGACUCUGAAUCAUUUUCUCACUGUGCCCCUUCUCACAAUCUUCUCCCUUCCCACCUUGCCUUUCAUGCUUAACUUGCCGUAGGAGUAGCAACAACAACACACCCCACCAUCUCAAGGUAGUCUGCGUUGCUCUGAGUAGGCUGUAAGCACAGCAGAGACUCCUGUGGGAUUUGCCCAAUCUGUUACUUGAAAGCUGCUGCUUCUUCUUUUUGCAGUUUUUCAACUGACCCCAAUGUAGCAAGGAGCCGGUUUCACAAGAGCAGCAGAGUGUGGUUGGUGAAGCACUUUAAGGUGCAAGGACUGACAACUGCUGGGGAGGCAGAUGGUAUAUGCCUGCACACUUCAGAGAUGACAAGCAUUUCUCUGCCCACUUCCUAGUUGCUCCCCCCCCCCCACUCCAACAUCCAGGAAUGAUGGUUAACAGCCUGAGCAUGUGGCCUGCCCAG